AGCAUUUGAAAGGAAAAGAAAAAAAGCUGCCGGGAAAACUUCAUGGAGGCAAACAAAUAAACGGGACGGGAGGAGCGUGGGCGUCUACUGCGUCCAGAUGCCAAAGGCGCCGGCCACUGCUGCGGUGGCGCUAAUAACACGCUUGCGGUGUCGCAGCUUGAGUCAGGGGCGAGCUGCGAGCGCGGGCCGGGCCUCGCCGGGAAGGCCUUGCCGGAAGCGCUCGGGAAAUCCCUGGCUGGCUUGAUUCCGGGUAGACGUUCACCUUUUCCCGCAAUUGCGCACAAACAAGCCGGAUUCUUUAUGUUAUUCUCAAAGUAUGAUGUCAUUUACUAAAAAGCGGAAGCAUCUGUCAACAAAAUGGUUGACAUUGAGACAUCAUCCAUCACUACUUCGUGUGCACACUUUUGAAGCAGCGGGUUCUAUCCACGCUCGGAGUGGUUCUCUCAAGUCGUUUCUUUUUUGCCAAAGGAUGGGAACGGCAUUCUCUCCCUCUCUUCCUUCCUUCCCCUCGCUCUCCCUGGACGCCAGGUCGAGGAACAAUGCGUUCUUUCUUACCUGUACAUUCCAUUUGUAGGUCUCAAUCCCACCCCUGCCCUGCCCAGCCCAAAGAAGUCUUCUUCUGACUCCAGGUGUUCCCUCGUCAUACCUUUUGCUUCAGGAGCAUUUUGAAGGACACAGCUCGGCUUGUUUUUUUUGUCUUCUGUGGCGCACGCAUAUUUUGGCAGGCAUGGUCCAUGGCGGCAGCUUGUGGCUUUGUGGUUUGUCAUGUGGGCAAAGGGGAAAUUUGGAGGUUGGGGUGUAAGCGUGCUAUUAAGAAGCACUUUAGAGGAACGUCGCCUUUGAGCCAUCCCAUUUUUGCUGCUGUGUGUCGCUGAGCGCAUGCAGACACACACACGCACAGUGUGCCUGGAGGAGCCCGGAGGAUUUUUGUUGUCCAGGGCAGGAUGAUGCCCAUCAGCUGACCCACGUACGCAAUGUUGCUCAGCUUAUCUCUGUCCUGAUAGUAAAGAGUUGGUGAUAAUUGGAUACGUAAUGAUAAGUGAAUCCUUACAAGGUUGAACUUCUGCAACAAGAGCGUGGCCUAAAUGUGUUCAACAGCAAACUACGUGCCCCCGCCAAGGAGGACCUGCGAGCUACUGGCCUUCCCUUCGAGCAGAGCGUGCGGCGGAGCGCCUGCUCAUUUCCUCGGCGGUAGAGCUCAUGGAGCGCAACAUUCGCAGACAGACAUGGACGCCGCCUGGCAGGAGUUGAUGGCCAUAACAGAGUUGCAGGGCUUGGAGACAUCUGCCGACAGCUCCUACCAAACAAGCCAGUACCAAAGUAUCGAGCCAGCGCCUCCGAUGGGCGCAUACGGGCCCGCUCCCCGCCAUUCCGCCGCAUUUGAGGUGGGCCCGGCCGACGCGUACGACGGAGGUUACUCCGAAGGUCACCGCGCAGAGCAACUCUAUGAGCACCCGGGACCGCAACUUGAUCAGACGAUGGCUCUCGCGGGACAGAUGGGCUCAGCGGAAGCCGGUCGAGAUGACAGAAGGCCCAACGGCGGUGUGCCCCGUCGCGCCAUGUGGACAACACGCGGCCAUGGUUCGUUUGCUCCUUCGGCAGAUGAUUUGGAGUCAGACUCUGGACUCUCGCUGGGCUCCAGCCCACCUUUGGCCUCACCGGAAACUUCCGCCGCUGGUUUAAUGGCGGCCUACAGGGGUUUGGACAUGUCCGUCGCAUGUGACGGGGAAACGGGCGGCGGAAGAGCACCCAACUACCAGACAGAUUACCAGAGUCGCUUUGACGCUUACCCGGGUGCGCAAGAAUCUUAUUUCGCAGCCCAACCGCAUUCAAGCCAUUCGCUGUUCAACAUGCCGAAUCCCGAGCCAGCCAAAAAUCUGACUUUGGGUGACCUUUACCGCCCCGAGUCAGCCAGCAGAGGGAGCUGGCAACACGCCGUGCAUUCAAAAGCUCAAGGGGCCGUCCAGACAGCAGCCAGCAAGGAUGAGAGGCGAGCGGCGGCAUUAAAGAUCCCCUUCCCGUUGGAGAAGAUCGUCAACCUGCCAGUGGAUGACUUCAACGAGUUGCUGACGCAGCACACCCUGAACGAUGCCCAACUGGCGCUGAUCAAGGACAUUAGGCGCAGGGGCAAGAACAAAGUGGCAGCUCAAAACUGUCGCAAGCGCAAACUGGACAGUAUCAUUCAUCUGGAAAGAGAGCUGGCUCAGCUGCAGGCUCACAGAGACAGCCUGGUGCAGCAGAGGUUGGAAUUCCAGCACAGCUUGACGUACAUCAAGCGUCACCUCAGCCAACUCUACACCGAGGUGUUUUCUCAGCUGACGGAUGAAAGCGGACGACCGUAUUCCGUCGACGAGUACUGCUUGCAACAGAUGGCGGACGGAGAAACCUAUCUGGUGCCUCACACGACGUUGCGCGAGAAAGAAUAGCGCAAUUCGAAAGGAAAUGAGCGUUCAGGUCGGGUAAACACUCGUAGGGAAAAGAACGUUCAUGUCGGGGCGACGCUCGUAAGGAAAAGUGCGUUCACGUCGGGUGUUUUGUUGUGCAUUCCGUGUUCCACAAGUUAAAACACCACCUCUUUAUGAAAAUAAAAUUUAUUUUUAAAAAAAUGAAA